AUGGGCAAGCUCGCUUCCGCACUCAAGGCCGGCCAGACGGCCGCGCAGUUCGCCAACGACGCCAACAAUGCCCGCAACGCCGCGAACGACUUUCGCCAGGCCGACAAGCGGCAGAUGGGCCGCGAUGCCGGCCGCUUCGCCUUUAGCGAGGGUGCCAACACGGGCAAGACGAUGGGCAAGACGUGGCUCAAGACCUUUGAGGUCAUUCCGCGCAUCGUCGUGCGCACCCUCCAGUUCAUCCUCGCCCUCGUGGCCGUCGGCUUCUACGGCCACCGAGUCGACGCGGAUCGCAAGGACGAUAAGGGCUACGCGCCCGAGUGGCUCUUUGCCGUUGUCGUCGCCGGUUGCUCCGCCGUCACCGCCAUCAGCUUCAUGGUCGCGGCGUCGGCGGGCGCCAUCCCCGUCAUCGGCGCCCGCCUCAAGAUGCUCAAGACGCACCGCGCGUUUGCGUGGGACGCGAGCCUCUGGAUUGCCUGGCUGGUCGUGUUUGGCAUCUUUGCGGGCAUCUUCCUCAAGAGGAAGAGCGACGAGCCGUACAAGGGCGCCAGCGUGGGCGCCAUGAAGACGGCCGUGUGGGUUGACCUGGUCAACGCGAUUCUCUGGAUGGGCUCGGCGGCCUACGGCUGCUUCAAGACAUUUCUGGGCCGCAAGGUGGACGAGGCCAGCGACAAGGUUGGCAACAAGCUGUUUUCGAAGAAGGGCGGCAACGCGCACGAGAUGAAGAACUAUCCCGAGAGUGUCGUCUAG